AUGAUUGCGGCAGAUGAACAUAUACCAGUUUUACUUCAACAUCCGAAUGCCGACGAAACCUUUAUCAGUACAUCUCAAAACCGAGAUAGACGCGAUGUGAUACCACUGGAAAAGCUAUCAAUACCGAGGUUUGGAGGAGAUCCGAAACAAUAUACCAGCUUUAGAAAUUUGUUUGACAUUGCAGUUCACAACAAUACUAACCUGCCACCUGUUCUUAAGUUCAGCUAUUUAAAAAGUUACCUGGAAGGCGAGCCGUUAGCGCUUAUAUCCAAUUUGAUGCUAAGCGACGAUAACUACACUCUAGCGCUAACAGUUUUGGACAAACGCUAUGCAAACCGUCGGAUAAUUGCACAGAGUCACUUGAACCAACUUUGGACGAUGCCAAAAGCAAUGUUCGGUGAUGCUAAAUCUAUCCGCCAGAUGCUGAACACGAUCACGGAGUCGGUUGGAGCGCUCGCAAACCAAAAUUACUCCGUGGAUCAAUGGGACCCAAUCUUGCUACAUUUAUUUGAAUUAAAGUUGGACUCUCAACUUCGUGCUCAAUGGGAAUUAAUAGUAGAUACCGCGGAUAAUCCAAGUAUGAACAACUUUACCAUGUUCUUAUCAAAAUUUUGCAAUGCUGCAAUCGCUGGCCAAUCUGGCAAAGAACAGGAAAAACCAAAUAAAAAACCAUAUGGCAAAACUGUCACGUUGCAUGCCGGAAAGCCAGACCCACGUGAGAAUAGACGGCAAUUCACCUGUCAGGUCUGCAAUACAACACCUGGUCACCUGUUGAUUGCUUGCACGGUAUUCAAAGAAAAAACACCAAAGGAUCGGUACCAAAUAAUUAAAGACCUUAGGCGUUGUUUCUUGUGUUUUAGCGAGCACCCAGUGAAUCAGUGUAAACACACCCGAGUAUGUUUGAAAUGCAAGGGGCGGCAUCAUUCCCUAUUGCAUUUUGAAAAUACCCCAGACGUUCAACCAACGGCCAUAGUGAAUACCCCCGAACCCCAACCCACUACCACCGUCAAUAGUAUGUUUUCCUCCGACAAGAGGGUCAACUCCUGUGUACUUAUGUCUACGAUGGCUGUAUUAGUACAGGAUAGUAGUGGACAAUAUCAAGAGGCGCGAGCGCUUUUAGACAGCGGCAGUCAAAGCAGUUUCCUCACGGAACAUUGUCGUAACAGGUUAGGGGUGACACGGGAUAAAUGCAGUGUAGCUGUGCAAGCUAUGGCCGGCCUACAAAUACCGCCGAUAAAAGCACGUACUCAAAUUAUCAUCAAACCCGUAAGGCGUGACACGCCUCUCUUCACAGUUGAGACUUUCAUACUACCUCGCAUCACCGGACUCAUUCCGUCUGAACGCGUCGUGAAGACUGAGUGGGCGCAUGUGCAGGGUCUGGACCUAGCCGAUCCCCGAUAUGACGAACCACUACCUAUAGACAUUCUCCUUGGAGCGGAUGUUUUUCCUUAUAUCAUAAGUAGAGACCGACGAGAAGGUACCGUCAAUCAACCUGUGGCGCUAAAAACAGUGUUUGGAUGGGUGCUCAUGGGACGGUCAGCCCCAAAUCCGUCAAAUAGUACGACUUCACUUUUCACGUCUAUAGACCCCAUCGACCAAAUACUGCGCAAGUUUUGGGAAAUUGAAGAGCUCCCUACGGUGGAAAAGACCAGUCCGGCAGAACAAAAAUGCGAAGAGAUCUAUCGUACAACUACUACUCGACAGAAGGAUGGUCGAUAUAUAGUACAUCUGCCAUUCAUCCAUGACCCACCUCCUAUUGGGGAAUCAUACCAUCUAGCACACACACGGCUCAUACAUCUGGAAUCUAGGCUUUCAAAAUCCACGGAUCAUAGACAGGAUUAUAACGGGGCCAUGCAAGAUUAUUUAGACUCCGGACAUAUGAGUUAUGUAGGCAACACUGAGGGCAUUGAUAACACAUCUUUUUACAUACCACACAACGGUGUAGUGAAACCAGGAAGUACAACUACCAAGCUCCGUGUUGUUUACGAUGCGUCAGCCCUUUCCUCAAAUGGAAAAUCGCUAAAUGAUAACUUGUUUAUGGGGCCCAAACUUCAACAGGAUCUACCAGGAAUCAUCUUACGUUUUCGUUUGCACGCAGUAGUGUUCACCACCGAUAUCAAGCAGAUGUUCCGGCAGAUUGUUGUCACUCCAAAACAUAGACCAUACCAACGCCUUCUUUUCCGAUUCCAGCCCUCUGACCCUGUUCAGACGUACGAAAUGUCCACUGUUACAUUUGGCCAACGAUCAUCUCCAUUCCUUGCAAUUAGAACAAUACAUCAAUUAGCUGAGGAUGAAGCCAAAGCAUACCCUAAUGUGCAAAAGGUCAUAUAUCAAGACCUCUAUGUGGACGAUGUCGUUACCGGAGCCGACUCGGAAGAAGAGGCUCUUAAACUCCAACAAGAGGUUAUAAAAGUAUUUGAGCGUGGGAAGUUUGAGCUCCGAAAGUGGUCCAGCAAUGCACCUGCAUUAUUAGAGGCCGUUCCGAUUGAACAUCGUAAAACCGAUAAUUUUACCUUCGAUGAACCGCAGUCAGAUUACACCAAGGUUCUCGGUCUAAAAUGGGAACCUAAUCUGGAUAUGUUGUCCUACCAAUACCGACCAAAUCCCGUGCGUUUUACCAAACGAGCUAUUCUUUCGGAGAUAGCCCGAAUCUAUGACCCCAUCGGCCUCCUCACUCCAGUCAUUACCAAUCUCAAACGACUGAUGAAGUAUUUGUGGUCGAUUGGGGUAGGGUGGGAUGAGAGAAUACCUGACGACGCCAUCGAUGCUUGGACACGUUACCACGAAGAAUUACCACUAAUUGGAUCUAUUCGAAUACGGCGUCGAGCAACUACACCUGGAGCUACGUAUGAAAUCCAUGGAUUUUACGAUAGCUCAGAAAACGCUUACGCCGCCGCGGUACAUCUUUUAGCGCGAGAACCAAAUGGCAUCAGUCACUGCCAACUGUUAAUGGGAAAGUCUAAGGUGGCUCCGGAAAAAAGGCUUUCAAUUCCACGACUUGAGUUAUGUGGGGCGUUAUUACUUGCUCGUUGUCUGGAACAUAUCGGUACCAAUCUAAAUGCCAUUCCGAUUGAAGCCACGACGGCAUGGUCCGAUUCUACCGUAGUCUUGGCUUGGAUUCAGACACCUACAGCAAAACUCAAGACGUUUGUGGCAAAUCGAGUUGCCAAAAUUCAGCACAUGACGUCCCCGAAGAUUUGGAGACACGUACCUACAGCACACAACCCUGCAGACUGUGCGUCCCGAGGUGUAACCCCAAAAGAGCUAGUGGACCAUCAGAUUUGGUGGGGCGGCUCAGUAUUUCUCACCCAACCAACAAAUACCUGGCCUCCAGUGACACCUAUCACGUGUCUGGAUAAGAUGGAACAUCAAGUCGAGGAGAAACAACUUGCUCUUUUAAUCACUAAGCCCGUAGAGGAAUGUCAACUAUUGUAUGCAUCAGCAGAACUUCCGAAAGUUCUACGUCUCACCGCCUAUUGGUUACGAAUUCGAAGAAAUCUGUCACACCAACCCAUCUCUUUUGAUCAUUCCUAA